GCCACUGGAAUUGGUGUCGACAUUACUAUUUGGAUCGAUCUGUUGUCCUUUGUAUGCAAACAAACUGCAAAAAGCCCUUCAUGUUUACAGGGAAAAUACUAGUCAGUGCGUCAGUGUCCUAAACCGUUUUUAAUGAGCUGCAAUGAUAUUUGGGGUAAUUGAUUUAUUGCCUCUCGGGAAUGCAUCCCAUAAUAUCACAUCUCAAUCGUCGGCGUCUAGCCAGCUCGAACCAAACGCAACCGGGGGUGGGAGAACGAGGUCAUACCAACUCCAAGACACAUUCGAAGCAUGGAGAGCCCGGUAGGUCAGGUCUAAUAUUAGAGCGGGCAGAGUGUGAUGGGGAUACACGAUCACAAGGGCUGGCAGGACAAGUUUCCCAUGCGUGACAUUUAACGGCACACGUUAACCGAGGAGAUUGCAUGACUGCAGGAGCGUAAUGCACCGUCAGUGCUGCUUGUUCUCGGGGGCUGUCGUCCGCUCGUUCACCGGCACAGCGCAGAAAUGUCUUUCCUAACCAUCCCGAGUCAAGAGGGUCUUUUCACGCCCAUCAAAAUCGGCAGGUCACCUGGCGAGGCGGACGGCCGCUCGGUGGAUGACGACGACGACGAGGACGACGAAGAUGACGAGGGAAGCGAGAACGUGCGCCUGAUCCCGAGAUGCUCCCCGGUGCCCAGGAGGCGAGGCGCGUCCAUCCACGACGAGACCGCCGAAUACAUGCGCAUCCAUGCGGCGCUCUCCCACGGAAAGCGAGUGUCGUUCGCCGACACGACAGGCGGAGACCUAGUGGACGUCCGCGAGUUCGUCGCCUUCGACUCGGACGACGAAGAUGACCUGGCAAGGUGGGACGAAGAGCGGGCCAAGUACGGCCAAGCGGAGCGAGAGCCGGUGUUCCACGUGCACCCGGAUUUCGUGCCCCCCGGCGGAGGGGCUCUCCUGGAGACCGUGCGCGCACGGAAAGUGUGCGUGGAGCACGUCGGUCCCGUGGAGCAGGAGCCUCUCGCCUUUAGCGGUGUCGUGCGGGUGCUCAAUAUCUCCUUCCACAAAGCUGUUUACAUCCGGUCCACCAUGGACAACUGGGAGACAUACUUCGACCACCCCGCGGAAUACAUCCUUGGAUCCCACGAUGGAGACACGGACAAGUUCUCCUUCAAGCUGUCCUUCGCACCCCCAUACGUCACCAACGGCUCCCGCAUUGAAUUUGUCGUUCGCUAUGAAACCACCGACGGGGAUCACUGGGACAAUAAUUCGCAUAUGAACUACGUGGUGUCUCUGCUUCUGUCCUAUGAAGACGAAUCGCAGGAGACAGACGGUGGACGGCAACAAGUGAGAGGGAUCAUGAGACCCCCCAAAGACUACAGAACAUGCAUCGAUUUGGACACAGCCAAUGAUGAAGGUAGAACUGCAAAUGAUGAAAGCGAGACCUUCAGGUCAGGAAGUGAGGCUAAUGGAGGCCCGUGUUCAGUCCUCACACAGCCAGAGAUCUACAGGGAAGGAAAAACAAUGUUGGAAGAACUGGACGGGAAGACGCAGAUUUUGCAGUUACCGCAAGAAAUCCUUAACUAAGAGUUACCGUCCUUCUGCUUUAGUAGGAAAAUAGUGCAUCGCAGACAGUGUUCAGAUUAUGUUGAAAUGAGCUUUAUUUGCACCCACAUGUUCAAACAGGCAUUCAAGUGUACAGUAGAAGCGGUUUUAUUAAGCAUCCUGUGCAUUAUACAGUUGUGUGUAAUCUUGAGAUACUUGUUUUAACCUGUUGAGUUUGCAUCCAAUUUACAUUCAACUAAUUCAAGACUUGGUUUUUAAGGGAUUAAUAAUUUCAUAUGGAGUAAAAGUGUUUUUGCUGACUGGUUGUUGGGUUAGCAGUUAAAAUAUGAUUACUCCUUGCUUUUGUCAAAGUCAAUUAACACCCAUCGAAUGCUGUACAUGAAACUAGGGGUUGUCAUCUUCGUAAAAAAAUUAGAUCUUUCAUUUUAACUGAGCCACAUGCAAUCCUGGUUGCUGUUUAGCACUAUUGAACACCAAUGUCCAGCUCAUUCAACAUGAUUUCAGUCGGAUUUUGGCCAAACAAACAUGCGGUCAAAUGUGGACUGUUAUGGCUGACGCCUCGUGAACACGUUGUAGGAAGAUCUCGCGUGUCAAUCAGUUUCUGCUUGUUAUGUUGCAUAGUGUGACACAUCCCACGUGUUCUGACAAUUUGUUUCUGAAUAUUGUUCAAGAGUGUAACUUUGUGACCAGGAGCACUGUCUUGCACGCUGUUUU